CGUAGCCAAUAAGCGUGCUCAGAAGCCGUGCGUCCUACGUCGCUGGAACGGAAGCUACGUCACAGGGAGCUUGCGAGCGCCGCGCGGAGAGGGACGUUACUUCUAAACCGCGCCUAGAAACCCCCGAGGGCCGUCGCCGCCAUGGAUUACGGGGAAGAAAUGGAUCGUGACUAUGGGCAUGGUGCCUAUAGUGGCCCAAGAGCAAUGGACUCUUAUAUGAAUCAAUCAUAUGGAAUGGAAAGCCAUGGAGGUGGCGGUGGAGGAGGAGGUGGCGCUGCCAGGUUUGGACCUUAUGAGUCUUAUGACUCCGGGUCUUCUCUGGGUGGGCGAGAUCUGUACAGAUCUGGCUAUGGUUAUAAUGAACCCGAACAAAGCCGCUUCGGAGGUAGUUAUGGUGGUCGAUUUGACAGCAACUACCGGAAUAGCCUUGACUCUUUCGGAGGUAGAAACCAGGGCGGGUCUAGCUGGGAAGCACCUUACUCACGCUCAAAGUUGAGGCCUGGGUUUAUGGAGGACAGAGGAAGAGAGACUUACUCUUCCUACAGCAGUUUUUCUUCACCCCAUAUGAAGCCUGCACCUGUAGGCUCUCGGGGGAGAGGAACGCCUGCUUAUCCUGACAGUGGAUUUGGAAGCAGAAACUAUGAUGCUUUUGGAGGACCAUCAACAGGCAGAGGCCGUGGCCGAGGAUAUAUGGGAGACUUUGGAGGCAUGCAUAGACCUGGAAUUGUGGUAGACUAUCAUAACAAACCCAGUUCUGCAGCAGUAGCUGCACGAGGAAUAAAGAGAAAAAUGAUACAGCAGCCGUAUAAUAAACCAGGUGGGACAUUUAUCAAGAAACCCAAACUGACAAAACCUAAUGUGAAGAUGAACCAAAACAAACCUAACCCAAGGACGCCAAGCAAAAAAACUACUGCAGAGGAUAAUGAAGCUGAAGUUUGUGACACAAUUACGGAUGAAGACUUUACAAAAGAUGCCUAUGAUGGCAUUGAUCAGGCAUUUGAAGAUUUCUGUGACAACACCCCCACUGUCUUUACAAAUGCAGAAGAGCUUCUAAUACAGGAAGAAGCAACUUCCUCUGAACAAGGGAUAAACGAAAACAAGAAGAGACACCGGAGGCAAAGAUGGAGUAGAGCACGAAUUUUAGGCGUCAAGCCAGAAGUAAAAAAUGAAGAGGAAGAAAAACGUCGAAUUGAGGCACGAAGAGAGAAACAAAGGCGUAGGAGGGAGAAAAAUAGUGAAAAGUAUGGUGAUGGUUACAGAAUGGCAUUCACCUGCUCAUUCUGUAAAUUUCGAACCUUUGAAGAGAAAGACAUUGAAGCUCAUCUUGAAAGUGCUGUUCACCAGGAGACUUUAGAUCACAUUCAGAAACAGACCAAAUUUGACAAAGUUGUGAUGGAGUUUCUGCAUGAGUGCAUGGUGAAUAAAUUUAAGAAGACUGCUAUGCGUAAACAGCAGACUACAAGCCAAAUGGAAGCUGCUCAGAUUACUGAAAAAGAUGUAAUGGAAGGUGUUACGCCUGAUGAUCAUAUGAUGAAAGUUGAGACUGUCCUUUGCUCUGCAUGCAGUGUCUAUGUUCCUGCACUACACAGUUCUGUUCAGCAGCAUUUGAAGUCUCCAGAACAUGCAAAAGGAAAACAGACUUACAAAGAACAAAUUAAAAGAGAGAGUGUCCUAACUGCUACCAGUAUUUUGAAUAACCCCAUAGUGAAGGCACGGUAUGAACGUUAUGUCAAGGGUGAAAAUCCAUUUGAAGUCACUGAUCAAAGUGCAGAACAGCAGGCAGAAGAAGAAGAAGACAAGGCAAAUGAACCUGCAGAAGAGGAGGAAGAAGAGGAGGCAGAAGGGGAAGAAGAGGAGGAAGAAGCAGAAGAAGAAGCAGAAGAACAGACCGACUUCACUCUUGACCAAACAGAAGAUAAUUAAAUGCAAAACAUUUGCACAAGCAGAGGGAAGUCCUACUUUUACUUUUCUGUUCAUAUGGCUCAUUGUAAAAUGUAUUAGCAAUUACAACAAAACUAUUGUUAUCCUCAACCCUCUGCAUGUACGUCAUUUGAAGAAGUCGCUCUGUAAUCUACUUCCACUUUUGCUUAAAAAUGGAAGUAAACCCAUCUUUAGUAGAACCUUUCUAGUGAUCUCGCUGUUAGAACUUCCUAUAUUGCGUAUCUUGUGAACAUUGGAUUUUUUUCCUUGAUGUUAAGAUUUGGAUACAAAUAAAAAAAGUAGUAAGUUUAAAUCAUUUCACCACAACACGUUUUAACUAAAUGCAGGGUAAAUAGUUCUAGAAGCCUACUAAAUAUAGAAUUAUGUUGUGAGUGUGCCUGUCUCCUGGACUGUAUCACUCAUUGUAAAGUACAUGUUAUGACUUGUAGUUUUAUGUGUGUAUGUGGUGAAAUCUUCUUGUUUGUAACAAUAAAAUGUUUUAGAAACCA